GUAUAUAAGCCUUCUUCUGCUGGCUACGUCUUCAGUCUUUCAGUUCGAACGGCACACUGCGUGUACAAUACGAAGAGAUCAUCAUCUGUACGAGACUGAGAUCGUCGUGACGAUGCCUUGCUAAACGGAAGCGACCGGUGCGUCAGGAUGCUCGGCCGUGUGCGCGCCGCUUUCUUCAGCCUGGUGAUUGCCACAUCUCUGUUGCAAUACACACAGCAACAAGGAAGUAGGCAGAGUAGAGAAGUAAUAUUGAACAUCAGUGACGAGCAGAAAAUUCAAUACCUAAAUCAAGAUUUCUAUUCGAAUGCAUAUAAUUAUGGCUAUGAAGUAAGUCCCAACGGACAAUUUCAUCACGAGGUACGCGGUCCAGACGACAUCACGUAUGGAUGCUAUGGAUAUAUUGAUCCAUUUGGAAAGCUGAAAACAACGUUCUACAUCAGCGAUGGUUGGGGAUAUCGAGUUGUUCAACCAGGAAACUCGGUUGAAUUGUUCCUUCAUGAACACGAACAUCACCACGAAGAUGACACAGGACAACAUCAUCAGGAACAUGAUGAUCAUCACGAUCAUCAUGGGGUGAUUACAGAAUGGGCAAAUUUGUAUUUCCCAGAAAUAUGUAGACAAUUCGAUGGAACAGGUUCCGGAUCAAACGUCAUACCAAUACCAGGAUAUCCUGGAAUGCCGGAAAAACCAUCACAACCAGGAUAUCCAGGCAAACCAGGAACUCCUGGUAUACCUGGCACACCAGGAACGCCAGGACAACCCGGCUAUCCUGGAACACCACCACAACCCGGAUACCCCGGCAAACCCGGAACACCUGGCACCCCUGGCACACCUGGAACGCCAGGACAACCCGGCUAUCCUGGAACACCACCACAACCCGGAUACCCAGGCAAACCCGGAACACCUGGCACACCAGGCACACCUGGAACGCCAGGACAACCCGGCUAUCCUGGAACACCACCACAACCUGGAUACCCAGGCAAACCCGGAACACCCGGAACACCCGGAACACCAGGAACGCCAGGACAACCCGGCUAUCCUGGAACACCACCACAACCUGGAUACCCAGGAACGCCUGGAACACCAGGUACACCGGGAACACCGGGAUAUCCUGGAACACCACCACAACCCGGAUAUCCAGGCAAACCCGGAACACCUGGCACUCCUGGCACACCUGGAACGCCAGGACAACCUGGCUAUCCUGGAACACCACCCCAACCUGGAUACCCAGGCAAACCCGGAACACCUGGCACCCCUGGCACACCUGGAACGCCAGGACAACCCGGCUAUCCUGGAACACCACCACAACCCGGAUACCCAGGCAAACCCGGAACACCCGGUACACCCGGAACACCAGGAACGCCAGGACAACCCGGCUAUCCUGGAACACCACCACAACCUGGAUACCCAGGCAAACCCGGAACACCUGGCACACCAGGCACACCUGGAACGCCAGGACAACCCGGCUAUCCUGGAACACCACCACAACCCGGAUACCCAGGCAAACCCGGAACACCCGGUACACCCGGAUCACCAGGAACGCCAGGACAACCCGGCUAUCCUGGAACACCACCACAACCUGGAUACCCAGGCAAACCCGGAACACCUGGCACACCAGGCACACCUGGAACGCCAGGACAACCCGGCUAUCCUGGAACACCACCACAACCUGGAUACCCAGGAACGCCUGGAACACCAGGUACACCGGGAACACCGGGAUAUCCUGGAACACCACCACAACCCGGAUACCCAGGCAAACCCGGAACACCAGGCAUUCCUGGCACACCUGGAACGCCAGGACAACCCGGCUAUCCUGGAACACCACCCAAACCUGGAUACCCAGGCAAACCCGGAACACCUGGCACCCCUGGCACCCCUGGCACACCUGGAACGCCAGGACAACCCGGCUAUCCUGGAACACCUGGUACACCCGGAACACCAGGACAACCCGGUUACCCCGGAAAACCGUCCCAACCUGGAAGUCCCGGAACACCUGGCACCCCUGGCACACCUGGAACGCCAGGACAACCUGGCUAUCCUGGAACACCACCCCAACCUGGAUACCCAGGCAAACCCGGAACACCUGGCACCCCUGGCACACCUGGAACGCCAGGACAACCCGGCUAUCCUGGAACACCACCACAACCUGGAUACCCAGGCAAACCCGGAACACCUGGCACACCAGGCACACCUGGAACGCCAGCACAACCCGGCUAUCCGGGAACACCACCCCAACCUGGAUACCCAGGCAAACCCGGAACACCUGGCACCCCUGGGACACCUGGAACGCCAGGACAACCCGGCUAUCCUGGAACACCACCACAACCCGGAUACCCAGGCAAACCCGGAACACCCGGUACACCCGGAACACCAGGAACGCCAGGACAACCCGGCCAUCCUGGAACACCACCACAACCUGGAUACCCAGGAACGCCUGGAACACCAGGUACACCGGGAACACCGGGAUAUCCUGGAACACCACCACAACCCGGAUACCCAGGCAAACCCGGAACACCAGGCAUUCCUGGCACACCUGGAACGCCAGGACAACCUGGCUAUCCUGGAACACCACCCCAACCUGGAUACCCAGGCAAACCCGGAACACCUGGCACACCAGGCACACCUGGAACGCCAGGAAAACCCGGCUAUCCUGGAACACCACCACAACCCGGAUACCCAGGCAAACCCGGAACACCUGGCACACCAGGCACACCUGGAACGCCAGGAAAACCCGGCUAUCCUGGAACACCUCCACAACCCGGAUACCCAGGCAAACCCGGAACACCUGGUACACCCGGAACACCAGGAACGCCAGGACAACCCGGCUAUCCUGGAACACCACCACAACCUGGAUACCCAGGCACGCCUGGAAUACCAGGUACACCGGGAACACCGGGAUAUCCUGGAACACCACCCCAACCUGGAUAUCCAGGCAAACCCGGUACACCUGGCACUCCUGGCACACCUGGAACGCCAGGACAACCCGGCUAUCCUGGAAAACCACCACAACCCGGAUACCCAGGCAAACCCGGAACACCUGGCACACCAGGCACACCUGGAACGCCAGGACAACCCGGCUAUCCUGGAACACGGCCACAACCUGGAUAUCCAGGCACGCCUGGAAUACCAGGUACACCGGGAACACCGGGAUAUCCUGGAACACCACCCCAACCUGGAUAUCCAGGCAAACCCGGAACACCUGGCACUCCUGGCAGCCCUGGCACACCUGGAACACCAGGACAACCUGGCUAUCCUGGAAAACCACCUCAACCUGGAUACCCAGGCAAGCCUGGAACACCUGGAACUCCUGGCACACCCGGAACACCUGGACAACCCGGAUAUCCUGGAACGCCACCUCAACCUGGAUAUCCAGGCACACCUGGAAUACCUGGCACUCCUGGCACACCCGGAACACCACCUCAGCCGGGAUAUCCAGGCAAACCCGGAAUACCUGGCACCCCUGGCACUCCUGGCACACCCGGAACUCCAGGACAACCCGGCUACCCUGGAAAACCGCCCCAACCUGGAUAUCCGGGCACACCUGGCACGCCUGGUACACCCGGAUCACCAGGACAACCUGGCUAUCCUGAAAAACCACCUCAGCCGGGAUACCCAGGCAAACCUGGAACACCUGGCACCCCUGGUACGCCCGGAACGCCAGGAAAACCCGGCUACCCCGGAAAACCGUCGCAGCCUGGAUACCCAGGCAAACCCGGAACACCUGGCACUCCAGGCACACCUGGAACGCCAGGACAACCCGGCUACCCUGGAACACCGCCGCAACCUGGAUACCCGGGCACUCCUGGAACGCCUGGACAACCUGGUUAUCCUGGAACGCCGCCUCAACCUGGAUAUCCUGGCACACCUGGAACACCUGGCACUCCUGGCACACCCGGAACACCACCUCAGCCUGGAUAUCCAGGCAAGCCUGGCACACCUGGAACGCCUGGUACACCCGGAACGCCAGGGCAACCUGGCUACCCUGGAACACCGCCGCAACCUGGAUACCCGGGCACACCUGGAACGCCUGGCACUCCUGGCACACCCGGAACACCACCUCAGCCUGGAUAUCCAGGCAAGCCUGGCACACCUGGAACGCCUGGUACACCCGGAACGCCAGGGCAACCUGGCUACCCUGGAACACCGCCGCAACCUGGAUACCCGGGCACUCCUGGAACGCCUGGACAACCUGGUUAUCCUGGAACGCCACCUCAACCUGGAUAUCCUGGCACACCUGGAACACCUGGCACUCCUGGCACACCCGGAACACCACCUCAGCCUGGAUAUCCAGGCAAGCCUGGCACACCUGGAACGCCUGGUACUCCCGGAACGCCAGGGCAACCUGGCUACCCUGGAACACCGCCGCAACCUGGAUACCCGGGCACACCUGGAACGCCUGGCACUCCUGGCACACCCGGAACACCACCUCAGCCUGGAUACCCAGGCAAGCCUGGCACACCUGGAACGCCUGGUACACCCGGAACGCCAGGGCAACCUGGCUACCCUGGAACACCGCCGCAAUCUGGAUACCCGGGCACUCCUGGAACGCCUGGACAACCUGGUUAUCCUGGAACGCCACCUCAACCUGGAUAUCCUGGCACACCUGGAACACCUGGCACUCCUGGCACACCCGGAACACCACCUCAGCCUGGAUAUCCAGGCAAGCCUGGCACACCUGGAACGCCUGGUACACCCGGAACGCCUGGGCAACCUGGCUACCCUGGAACACCGCCGCAACCUGGAUACCCGGGCACUCCUGGAACGCCUGGACAACCUGGUUAUCCUGGAACGCCACCUCAACCUGGAUACCCGGGCACACCUGGAACGCCUGGCACUCCUGGCACACCCGGAACACCACCUCAGCCUGGAUACCCAGGCAAGCCUGGCACACCUGGAACGCCUGGUACACCCGGAACGCCAGGGCAACCUGGCUACCCUGGAACACCGCCGCAACCUGGAUACCCGGGCACUCCUGGAACGCCUGGACAACCUGGUUAUCCUGGAACGCCACCUCAACCUGGAUAUCCUGGCACACCUGGAACACCUGGCACUCCUGGCACACCCGGAACACCACCUCAGCCUGGAUAUCCAGGCAAGCCUGGCACACCUGGAACGCCUGGUACACCCGGAACGCCAGGGCAACCUGGCUACCCUGGAGCACCGCCGCAACCUGGAUACCCGGGCACACCUGGAACGCCUGGCACUCCUGGCACACCCGGAACACCACCUCAGCCUGGAUACCCAGGCAAGCCUGGCACACCCGGAACGCCUGGGCAACCUGGAUACCCUGGAACACCAUCGCAACCUGGAUACCCGGGCAUACCUGGAACGCCUGGAUACCCAGGCAAGCCUGGCACACCUGGCACUCCUGGCACACCUGGAACUCCAGGGCAACCCGGAUUCCCCGGAAUACCACCUCAGCCUGGAUACCCCGGAACGCCUGGAAUACCCGGUGGCCCAGCGCAUCCAGGUUAUCCUGGUACACCAGGAAUUCCGGGCAAACCUGGGAAACCUGGGAAACCGGGGAAACCUGGUAAACCUGGGAAACCUGGCGUCCCAGCAAUUCCAGAACAACCACCAUAUCCUGGUUCAUCCGAAACUCCAGAAACUCCCGGCAUACCAUAUCCACCGCCAUAUCCACCAUCUCCUGAAUAUCCCGUCUCCCCUGGUAGUCCAGGGGCUCCCGGAUUGCCUGGAAUACCCGGAAUACCAGGUAAACCUGGCAGACCUGGCAAACCUGGCAAACCUGCCAAACCAAGCAAACCUGGACAUCCAUCACAUCCUGGUUACCCUGGAAGUCCCGGCUCACCAGGUAGUCCGGGUCAUCCUGGUUCUCCUGGUACGCCAGGACAUCCUGGCACUCCCGGGACACCAGGAACUCCUGGAAUACCCGGCACACCACCAAUACCUCCACGUCCAGGUUAUCCCGGCAUCCCUGGUACACCGGGAAUUCCCGGAACACCCGGAACUCCACCAAUACCUCCACAGCCAGGUUAUCCCGGCAUCCCUGGUACACCAGGAAUUCCCGGAACACCCGGAACUCCACCAAUACCUCCACAGCCAGGUUAUCCCGGCAUCCCUGGUACACCAGGAAUUCCCGGAACACCCGGAACUCCACCAAUACCUCCUCAGCCAGGUUAUCCCGGCAUCCCUGGUACACCAGGAAUUCCCGGAACACCCGGAACUCCACCAAUACCUGCUCAGCCAGGUUAUCCCGGCAUCCCUGGUACACCAGGAAUUCCCGGAACACCCGGAACUCCACCAAUACCUCCACAGCCAGGUUAUCCCGGCAUCCCUGGUACGCCAGGAAUUCCCGGAACACCCGGAACUCCACCAAUACCUCCACAGCCAGGUUAUCCCGGCAUCCCUGGUACACCAGGAAUUCCCGGAACACCCGGAACUCCACCAAUACCUCCACAACCAGGUUAUCCCGGCAUCCCUGGUACACCGGGAAUUCCCGGAACACCUGGAACUCCACCAAUACCUCCACAACCAGGUUAUCCCGGCAUCCCUGGUACACCGGGAAUUCCCGGAACUCCCGGAACUCCACCAAUACCUCCACAACCAGGUUAUCCCGGUACCCCCGGUACGCCAGGAACUCCUGGAAUACCAGGUAUACCUGGAAAACCUGGGAAACCUGGCAAGCCGGGCAGGCCAGGAAAACCUGGGGUUCCACCUGUCCCACCACAACCAGGAUACCCUGGAACACCGCCAUAUCCAGAGGUCCCUGGAAAGCCUGGGAAACCUGGACAUCAUGGACAUCCCGGAUCAUCAACCCCAGAUCAGCCUCCAUAUCCCCCAUAUCCAGGAUAUCCUCCCGGGCAUGAAGGCCCAAUUGGUGGUGUAGGUCCAGAUGGUCCCAAUGGCCCAUGGCCCAAUGGUCCGGAUGGUCCUCAAGGACCAAGUGGCCCAGGUGGACCAGGCGGACCAGGCGGGCCAGGUGGCCCUGAAGGUGGAAUUGGAGGAGUAGGAGGUAUAGGUGGCGAUGGACCUCCUGGUCCAGAUGGUCCAUGGCCGACAGGUUCGCCCGGUCCAGAUGGGCCAUGGCCUGGUGAUCCCGACUACGUGCCUGGAGCUCACCCAACAAUUCGUCCACACUACGAAGGACCAAUUAAGAUUCAAUAUCCCAUUAAGUAUUACGAACCUACGACGCCAACCUCUUAUGUUUAUCCGUUGUAUGGACAGAAGCAAGUAGAACGGUUAACCUCUAACUCUAAGUUCGAAUUGAAAUAUUUCAAUAAUGAAACUUCGAAGGAAGGCUACGAAAAGAACGUCGAAUCUACAACGUUUACAUAUCCAAGCAAAAUAAGCGGUCCCAUAGGAGUGAAGGAUACAUAUAUAAACUCGCAGUUUGGAAAUCGAUCCCAGAGACCAGGCUAUCAGACAGGACAAGUGAACCAAAAUGCGGACGAAAUUAAUUCCUUGCUGCAAACGCAACGAAAGGAAUUGCGUAAAUACACAGAACAGGAAGACCAAAGUAACUACGAAGAUCUUAAGAAAAUUGUAUCGCAAAUUCCUCAAACUGUUUACGACGAAGUAGGUCCUACCACUAGUGAGAAAUACUCCAGCCGAGAGAGAUUGCAACAGAGCUCUCGCGAGAAUCGUAAAUAUCCCCAACAAGUGACGAAAUUGAGCGAACCGGUGAUUCGAAUAGAAACGAGCCCCGAAGAAAAUACUGCCGCGCUUAUCAAACAGGUAAACCAAUUAUCUGAAAAAUCUAGCGAACCGAACUUCGAGUUCGCUGCGAUCGGUGUUCAGCCACCGAAUCCGAUCAAUAUCAAGCCCUACGAGCAGUCUGUAGGGCCAGACCCUGAAACCUGUCCCUGUUACCUUGUCGAGCCUGGAAACGAUACAGUCACAACCACGAGCACGACAUCCAUUCCUCUCAUUGGUCAGCUUGGCUUCAUUCCAGUAGUAUUUGUACCAUACUGUCCGGGCAACGACGAGACGGACAGCGAAAACAUGAAAGACAUGUUCCCCUCUGCAAUGCCUGUCCCAUAUGCAUGCGACACGUGCGGUUUGCAAACCGGAAAAAUCGAAACGAAGCUUCUCAGCGUGAAUCAGCUUGGCAAUAUAGAGAAUCUUCGCGAGGCCUUGCGGCAAGCAAAACUUGGCUUUUUAAAUGUUUCAGCACGGCGUCGGACGGAAAGGAGGGGGGCGAAGAGUCGGCACGUCAAGUGAAGAGUGCGAUUGCGAUUCACGGAUUUUAGUUCGUCAUUCGGCUACAGGGACAGCCGAGAAUUUCCGCGGGAACGGUUCGUAAAACGGAGAAACACUGCCCGUCCGUCAGCUGCUGGACAGCUGAAGGAUGGCCAAAGAGAGACACGAUCGAAAACCAACGAGAAAAAUCAUCGUCUCGCAAUGGGUAACCAUAAUCUGUACGUUCUUACAGGAUUAGGUGGAAGCUGACAGAGUGAAAGUAACGGAUCAUGGUACUCAGAACGAUCGACUAUGGUUAUCCAGAGGUAGCGUACUGGCUAACGUACAUAACAGUUUUGCAUUUUCGUUCUUAACUUUUUUCUCUUUUAACACGGAUGAUAAUUUAUGGAACAGUUUUUAAUAAUUAAGCCUGGAAAGUAGAACGUUACUGUUUGUUGCAGCGACGGGGAUAACGAAACGAAACUGGAAUACAGUUUCUAGAAUCGUUUCCGCGAGCAGUAAAUUAAUAAUGUGCCGGUUUAUGUUUCAUAAAAAAUUCAGGAUACGUAAGGAUCAAUGCAGGAUAAGGUAUUCGAUGUUUGUCAUAUAGCAAACCUUUGUAUUAUCGUCGAAUUCGAAUGUUUCCGUAGUUCUCCCUCUUCGUAGUUAUAACGAUGCAAAAAAUAUAUUUAGUUUACCUUCUAGUUAUAAUAUAUCAUCUAUUAUUUAAUUUCAAGGAUACUAUUUCGUUUCGCUCGAUGUUGAUCGCGUAAAAAGUUAUAAACUAUCUGAUAUUUAAUUGUAUCUUCGUUUAAAGAUCUUCUUUCGACUUAAUUUGUAUAAACAUCGUGAGAAAUGGAAUCAUCCACUGUAUUCUCGUGUUUAACGUAUGCUUGAGGUUAAAUAUUGAUCGUACAAGUGCUAAUACGUACUAUAAUUCUUAUUGAGCACGUACAGAACUGUCGCCACGGAUAGAAAAAUUCUUAAGGAUCAAUCUUUUUCCAAAAAGUAUAGGGUUUAAGGUACGUGGAAUACUUCAAGCGAAUAAUGUAGAUUGUUAAAAAUCGAACUUAAUUAAACUUCAUAUUUAACUGUACAUGCUCGAUAUCUUAACAAAAUACUUCUAUUUGUACAUUGGCUAUAAGAUACGUAGUAUAUGUCUUCUUCCGUAGCAUAGUGGUCGACGAAAUUUUCAAUAAAUUAUACGUAAUUGUACAUAUCGAUAUUACGUUCAUCCAAUGUUCCUUAUAAGCAUGAAUCAUGCAUUUUUGCCUAAAUAAAACUAAUCAUCAAACAUC